AUGAUCCACCAGAAGUGCAACCAAUGGCUGGGACUGAAAAUGCGGUCCGAGUGUGAACAGCCCUCCGAACAGCAGCGGGAACCGGACGAUUUCAGCUCAGUGGGUGAAUCAGUCACGAGGAUGGGAACGGGUGUGCGGACCGAGUCGGGAACGGCUGCCUCUGUGGAAGUGGAUGACGAUCCGGCAGCCAGCUUGUUCCCGCCGCCGCUGCCCCAGCCUCGGAUCUGCAUGUGGAAGUACUUGGACAUCCACUCUAUGCACCAGCUGGAGAAGACCACCAAUGCUGAGGAGAUGAAGGAGGUGCUGGUUGAGCUGCUGGGGCUGAGCUGCCCGGAGCAGAACCUGCGGGAAGCCAUCACCUUGGACCUCUUCUCCCACGCACUCAUCUUCUGCCGUCAGCAAGGCUUCUCCCUGGAGCAGACAUCAGCAGCUUGUGCCCUGCUCCAAGAUCUCCAUAAAGCCUGUGUUGCAACCCCGUUGGGCAACGUGGAAGAAUGUUACCGUUACUUCACCACUGCACUUUUUUGCCAUGGAGUCAGGCGGCCUCCCUUCAGCAUUGACCUCUUUAAGGAGGAACAGCUGCUGGCCCUAUUAGACUACGUAGUCAACACCUACUUCCGCCACUUCAAGCUCUACAAAUAUGUUUUCACGCCCCAGGUGCAGCUGGAUCUAUCUUUGACUUACCUGGGGCUGCAGCCACCUGAACUCUGGCCAGAGGGUAAGAAGAAAGAAGACAUCGAAGAAGGGGCAGAGGAGCAGGCAGUUACCCCGCAAGAGCAGGAACCAGAGAUAGCGGCCCAGCUAAAGCAAGAGCCAGGCCAGGUCUCCGUCCUCCGAGCCUUCAUCAAGACCCAGAUGGACAGGGAGCUGGGGCAGCUGCGACAGCUGGUGGAAGAGCGGCUCCUGGCCAGCGAGGAAAGGCUGAACAGCAAGUUGGCCACCCUGGAGCAGCCCUUCCAGCUGCCCCCAGGCAAAGGCAAGACCAAGACCAAGUGA